CUACAAUCAGUAGUAACACAACAAACAACUCACACUCACUCUCUCUCUCUCUCUCUCUCUCUCGUCGAAAUCAUUUCUUCACAAUUUGAAUCAUUUUUCUCUGAUUUUAUCCAUUCAAUUCAAGAUCUUUCUCUUUAUGGAAAUUUGAGAAAGGGAAAUUCCAAGAGACAAAAUCGAAUCCAAAAAGGUAACAUUUUUCUUAUGCUGUUUCCUGUAAUUUACCUUCCCCUAUAUUUGGUGUUAAUCAAUUAGAAGAAAAUUUUGGAUUUUUAAAUUUUUAAAUUUUGAGGGUUUUGCAAUUGGUAUUUUAAUGGAAUCUUUGAUCUUGUUGACAUUGAGACUAAUAACUUGUUUAUCGAAUCGUUUUUCUGAUGUAGUAGUAGUAGCUAGUGGAAUUAUUCAAAUCAUGUUGAUCAUUUUCUUAUGUUAGAUGCUAAUAUAAAGUUAAGAAUAUCAUGGUGUUUUCAUUCAUUGCAUUUGAUUGUUUAAUUUUUAUUUUUAGUUUGAAUAGUGAACGUUGCACAAUGAUUUGUGUUGGUCUCACAUGUUUAGUGCUAUUUUUACUUUUACAAUCAAUGAGUUUCAAUUCUUGUUUGUAUAAUCCUAUUUUGUCUUGUUGGGAUUUGUGUUUCAUUUUCUGUCAUAGGUUUGGUGACGCCUGAGCUAUUGUUAGUUUUGGUCGUUCAAUCUUUCGAAAGUUGGACACUUUGAUGAGCUUGUGGAAGCAAUUCGAGACAAAACUCAACACACAUGAAGAAACUAUUCUUUUUCAGAUCGUCUGCAUCUAGCGGUGAAAGCAAGAAUUCGACUCCACCAAAGUCAAAAAAUGAGCAAUUGUCGUGGGAGGUUUUCUCAGAUAGUGGACUGAAGAAUCAAGCUCAUGGCAAAAGUGAGGACAACGGCUUCUUCUCCAAAUCUAGAAAUAAAGUUGCUGAUAACCAAAGUUCAUGCACUGGUCCAAGCCUUAGAAGGAGCAGGUCAAUGUCGUCAGCUUCCUUUCAUUUCAAAGAUCCAACUAGAUCUCCUUCAAGUAGCAUUGCUAGUGAUCCAUAUCAUCAAUUUGAGCAUUCGUUGCGUAGCCAGACUCAAAGUUCUGAAAAACGGGACAAGCCGUCACAAUCUGCAGUGUCUACUGUCCAAAAUUCCCAGAGAUGCGAGAGACCUGCUAGUAGUUCCUCAAGAUCCCAUCACGAGUCAUCUGCGAACUCUACUUGUUCUAGUAACAUUUCAAGUAUGGUUGUGGAUCGUUACAUUGAUGGGGAGCAGCAGCUAGAGGAAAAUAGACCCAGGAGCAGUUCACAGAAAAAUAGCAGUAGACAUGGAAAUCAUUGCACGAAGCUUCCUCCAAAAGUUCAACAUACAACACCUAAUUCGCCAACUAAUGGAAUCAAAGACAAACCAAGGGCUCAUUCAUUUAGCCGUCUUCGUACCUCAUCCCGAGAUUGGACAGAAAAUGGGUAUGGACAUGAAUCUCCAAGAACUCUUGCAAAAAAUGUCAUUGAGAGACUUUCUCAAACUUGUGAUAUUUCAAAAAGGAGUUCAAAUAAUUUUUCUGUUGACAAUCCAAUCACAAUCGAAGAUAUCUAUGCUAGAUCAAUGAAUGGACGCUAUGAAUCUGAUUUUGAUGAUGCUCCACCAAAAAGCUAUUCAUUGGAAGAACCAUAUAGAAUGUCCAACGGAUAUCAUGGCAUGGAUGGUAAUUGUGAGGGUUUAAGCUGUGAUGAGCCUGAAGAGGAUCUUGAUGCAGAACUACUGAGAAGAUCAAAGGAAGCUGAGGAGAGAGUUAUUCUUCUUUCACAGAAAUUGGAACAUGAAAACUUUUUUCCUGACUAUGGUUAUGACGUGACAACACUGAUUCAAACAAUCAGGAACUUAGUAGAGGAGAAAAUAAGCUUGGCUCUAGAAGUUACAACCCAUCUAAGGUCCCAAAUUGCUGACAGAGCUUCUGCCAAGGAAGAACUUAAAUGUGUAAAGUCAGAACUGGAACUUCGGAUUCAAAGACUAGAAAAAGAAAAGAAUGAGAUGCAGUCAGCAUUGGAGAAGGAAUUGGACAGGAGGUCAAGUGACUGGUCAUUUAAACUUGAGAAGUACCAGUUAGAAGAGCAAAGGCUUCGCGAACGAGUUAGAGAGCUUGCAGAGCAGAAUGUAUCACUUCAAAGGGAAGUCUCUUCUCUUACUGAGAGGGAAACAGAAAGCAAAAGUGUAAUGACACAUAGUGACCAACAACUCAAGGUGUUGACCGGUAAGGCAGAAAAUAUGAAAGGGGAGAUUCUGGAUUUGCAGCAAAACCUCUUGGAACUACAAGACAGAUGCAAGACAGCUGAAGAAAACAGGGACUGCCUUCGAAGAAAUUUAGAAGAGAAGGACAAGGAGUGCAAAGAUUUGCACAAGUCUGUAGCGAGAUUACUAAGAACUUGCAGUGAGCAAGAGAAGACAAUAAUAGGAUUACGAGAUGGGUUUAAUGAGGACCUUCGUAAGAACCAGUCUGCGGAGAGCAUUGAUAAGCACAUCAAGAAAAUGCAGAUGGAGUUAAUGAGGUUAACGGGAAUAGAAUUGGCCUUGAGAAGGGAGCUGGAAUCACACAAGUUUGAGGAGGACUCUCUCCGCCAAGAAAAUAUAACUCUAUUAAACCGGUUGAAAGGUGAUGGGAAAGAAUGCAUUGUUGCUACUUAUAAACUAGACAAAGAACUGUGCGCCCGCAUCUGCUGCCUUCAGAAUCAAGGCCUUACAAUGCUAAAUGAAAGCACAUACUUGUGUUCAAAGUUACUGGAAUUCAUUAAAGGGAAUGGACAAAUUAUUGGAAAUGGUUUAGGUGGACAAUUUAUUGUUGAAUCUGAAACCAAAAUUCAUGGACUCAAAAGUGGCACUGAGGGUUUAACAAGGAGUUUGCAGAUGAUGCCUUCUUUGUUGAAAGAAAAGUCAAAUCUAUUGACUAUAGAUGAUGAUAUGUUAGCUAAACUGAAUGAUCAAUCAUCAGAGGAAAUUUUACGAACUGAGCUUAAAGCUGAACGCUUGGUAACAAGUUUAUUAAGAGAAAAGCUGUACUCCAAAGAGCUCCAAGUUGAGCAAAUGCAAGCUGAACUUGCUACAGCAGUAAGGGGAAACGACAUACUUAGAUCUGAGGUGCAAAAUACAUUUGACAACCUUUCAACUGUGUCUCACGAGAUGAAGAACCUUGAGCUUCAGAUGAUGAAGAAAGAUGAGAACAUAAACUGCCUUCAACGUGAUCUUCAAGAGUCUAACAGAGAAUUAACAAUCAUGAGGGGAAUGUUGCCCAAAGUGUCAGAGGAGAGAGAUAAGAUGUGGGAGAAAGUGAAGCAAUGUAGUGAGCAGAAUAUGCUGUUAAACUCAGAGAUCAACAUGUUGAAGGAGAAAAUAGAUACACUUGAUGAAGAUAUACUUGUGAAGGAAGGUCAAAUAACAAUCUUGAAAGACUCCAUAGGCAAAAGACCCUAUGGUGAUCUCCUUGGGAGUCCUGAUUCGAUGCAUGAAUUUUUGCUUCGUUGAUUACUUCAAACAAGCUUGUUUGUUUCUCAUAUGCCUAUUUCAUUGUUCAUAAAUCAUAGUAACUCAUCUGUGAAUGAGGGCCAUUUUUCUUUUCUUUUUAGAUUUUGCUUUCAAAGUUGGUAUUCUUUUUAUAAUCUGUUUCACAGCUUGUUUCUUUUGGAUAAAAACAAUACAGGAAGUUUAAGAUUUGGACAAAGAAGUUCAAGAAUACAAAGGUUCUCUAUUUUCAUUGUUCAUACAGUUUGCUUGCCACAAAGUUUGUUUUUGAAAUAAAUUACUUAGAAUUGUCUUAAGUCUAUAUUAAGCUCAGAUUAAUUUUUUUAUGUUUGAUGUAGUUUUGCAAGAACAG